CGCCGCUGCUACCAGUCCUAGCAGCAGCAGCUACCUUGGCAUACAUAUAAUAUUAUAAACCUCGAUGGAGAGGGCCACGUCGACGUGGUUCCAUGCGCAGGCGGCGGCGGCGGCGGCAGCGGAGGACGACCUAUUGCUGGCGUUGACGCCGGCGGGCAGAAGGCUAGACCGGUACGACGAGCGAACCCAGACGGUGUGCGUGGACGGCAAGACGGUGCGGCUGUUCCAGUGCCUCUUCUGCGACAAGACGUUCCUCAAGUCGCAGGCGCUCGGCGGCCACCAGAACGCGCACCGCAAGGACCGCCUCGCCGGAGUCCUCGGCGACCCCUACAACAACGACAGCCUGUUGGGAGGUGCCGCCACCGGGCCGUCCUGCGAUUCUGCUGCCGGCUGGUCCAUGUGCACUUACAUCGCCUCGCACGGCGGUGCCGCCGCGGUGGCUCCAGCCACCGAUGACUCCAGGCAAGAGAGGUGGGGAGGCGGCCGCGCUCCACGCUUCGCGGAGCCCGCGCCGCUACUGGACCCGUCCACUGGCCGCGACGGCGUGAUGGGCCGGUCAAGGGCCUCCGUCCCUAGCGGCGGCGGCGGCGGCGGCGAGGCGCUGGACCUCGAGCUGCACCUCUAGCUAUCUAGCGUCGCCGGGCCGGCUGCUGCCAUUCAUAUUGCACAGGUGUCGUCGACGAAAACAUCAAGGAACAAAUAUAAUCGUCUGUGUCGCCGAUCGAACUUGUAUCGACACGUCCGCUGCUCUUGGUACAUUUGUGUUCUUGCGUGAUAUUGUAGUCAGCCAGCUGGCAUUGUGGUUUCACCCGUUAAUAUUCAUCUCGUGAUAAAAUAAUUGUUAAUAUUCCUCGUUCAUCAAUCCGCAGUUCAUGUAAUAACGGCUCGACCGUAAUAAUAUCAGUGUACCUGUUGCUUCCCCGUUC